ACCAAAACACACGGGCUAGCACAGAGAGCUUGUAAUGAAACGCAACCAAAACGCUCAACUGCCACGGAAAUUACAAUGUUAAGCAAACAAAUCAGGCGGUGAAUUAGCUAACGACGCCGGGAACUAAUGUUAGCUCGUUUACAAGCCCUUGUUACACCAUGAAUUUAAGAGGACUGUUUCAGGACUUCAAUCCCAGUAAGUUCCUGAUCUACUCCUGUCUGCUGCUGUUCUCUGUGUUGCUGUCCUUGAGGCUGGAUGGAGUUAUCCAGUGGAGCUACUGGGCUGUGUUUACCCCAAUAUGGCUUUGGAAGCUGUUGGUCAUCUUUGGGGCCUCUGUGGGCACUGGGGUCUGGGCCCACAACCCUCAGUACAGGGCCGAAGGGGAGACAUGUGUGGAGUUCAAGGCCAUGCUGAUCGCUGUGGGCCUUCACGUCCUGCUGCUGAUGUUUGAGGUGUUGGUGUGCGACCGCGUAGCGAGAGGAAACUACUUUUGGCUUCUCGUCUUCAUGCCUCUCUUCUUCGUGUCACCCGUUUCUGUAGCAGCCUGCGUCUGGGGGUUUAGACACGACCGCUCUCUUGAGCUGGAGGUGUUGUGUUCAGUGAACAUUCUCCAGUUCAUCUUCAUCGCUCUGAAGUUGGACAGGAUCAUCAACUGGCCCUGGCUGGUGGUGUGUGUCCCACUGUGGAUCCUGAUGUCCUUCCUGUGCCUUGUCGUCCUCUACUACAUCAUCUGGUCUGUCCUCUUCCUCCGCUCCAUUGACAUCAUCGCCGAGCAACGGCGAACUCACAUCACCAUGGCAAUCAGUUGGAUGACCAUUGUCGUACCGCUUCUCACCUUUGAAAUCCUUCUGGUGCACAAGCUGGACGGUCACAACAGCCUGAGCUACGUGUGCGUGUUCGUCCCCCUCUGGCUCUCCCUGCUCACACUCAUGGCCACCACCUUUGGUCAGAAGGGAGGGAACCACUGGUGGUUUGGCAUCCGCAAAGACUUCUGCCACUUCCUGUUGGAGCUCCUACCCUUCCUGCGAGAGUAUGGCAACGUGUCCUACGACCUCCAACGCAGCGAGGACCCCGAGGCAGUUGAGGAUCUGCCCGUCCCCGAGCCGCCACCAAAGAUUGCCCCCAUGUUCCACAAGAAGACCGGCGUGGUGAUCACACAGAGCCCUGGGAAGUACUUCGUCCCUCCACCGAAACUCUGCAUCGACAUGCCUGACUAAGUGUGUCAGUGCUGAAGUGGCGGGGGGGGGGGGGGGGCUGCUAUACUGAUGUGUUUAACUCAUGAAGCCAAAACAGCAGAGGACAAUGCGUUUGGCUUUUAUCUACUGUCCUGAAGGAUUUGGUCCCCUCACCUGAACUCUGGCAGGAAAGGACACGACACUAGAGCCAUUAUGGUGAUUAUUAAUGGAUCCAGAAUCCUCACAUUGGUUUCAGACUCCCCUGACUCCCCUGCGUCCUCUGUCAAGGAAUCAAAAUAGCAAACUUUUAUUUUUCACCUGUAGGUGAACUCUCACUGUGUUGUUUACUCUCAAGUUUUAUCCAUUCUGAAGACUGACUCUUUUAGGGGAGGAAACUGACCACAGACGCAUCUCAGAUCCAAUCGGAUCUGAACAUUAAGGCUGACAUGACUGCAGAGUCACAGAAGAGGAACUGAAGAUUUGACUCUAAAAUAAAGCAGGGAUCUACUGCUGUUACAAAGAGUGAGUCAGAGACGAUGCUCGCCUUGCUUUGUGAUGGGGACCAGUUGAUCGAGACAGAGAGAGAGAGCGACUCUCUAGCUUGAAUUUGGGAUCAGUUUUACCGUCGUUGCUCCUGUUUUCACUGUUGACCAUGUAGAUGGAGAAAACAGGGCGAGGCGAGGUUAAAGGAAAUGUUCAGAACUUUUCAUGUCUGUUUUACAUGCCCAGAUGUACAUUGAAAGAGUUAUUGAUCUCGAAUCAGCCCUCCUAUUCAUACUAGCUUUGAAGCGAUACCCUGCUAGUGCAACUCGAUAUUCAAGACGAUGUUCUGUGCAAAAUACGUUCCGAUUUUGGCUGCAGUGGGAAAGUUAUAGUCUUUUUAGUACAAAAUUCACCUUUUCUUGUUCCAUCAGACAGUGAUUUCAUCUGCAUGACAGAUAGAAACUCAAGUAGAGAAUUUGAUACCAAAAGAUUGUAACUAAAAAUAUCCAAAAUAACAGACUGGUGAAGCUUAAUAUUAGCUGGAAUGGAUUUUAACACAGGACGACGACACAGUCUUGUCCAUUUCUUAAAUUACACUUGAGCUAUGAGGUGUUACCUGACUGCCAGUAUGAACAGAAGAAUAAUUAUAACUCUUUUAAUAUACAUGGUUGUUUUAGGACAGAUCGGAAAAAAUUGGAGCCUUUCCUGAAAAAGACAAACAAUGGAUUAUGGCACUUUGUUAACCUGUUCCAAGAGGAAUCUUGUUAGUUUUUGUAUUCCUGUUUUUCUUUUGUAAAUAACAGAAGUUAUCAGGUUAGGGACCAGAGUGGAGAUGGCAGUGUUGAAUGUUGGAGGCAGACCUGGAAAAAGAAAAACAAAGACUUUUCUUUCAAACACUCAUUUGCUUCUGUUUUCAUUGUGUGCAAACAAUCAAGAGUCACCAUAUCAAAUCAAGACGGUGUGAAACAAGUUGGUAACCACAGAUUAAGAUUCUUAUCUGCCUUGACUUUUUUGGUUUGUCCACAACUUUGUCAUUCAUAAUUUUACAAUAUGCAAUGAAUACUGUACCUCAUAUGGGAGUCAAAGCCCCUGUGUGUAGGAUGCGAUUUAAUAGGUUUCAGAUUUUUCAAAUGGCUCAAGUUUUUGGUUUGAGAACAAUGGUUUGUUCAGGAGCCGUUCAGCUAUAACCAGUUGAAACAGUGAAAACUUUGGAAUUUCUUUUUAUCCAGAUCUGAUUUAGUAGAGAGUAUAACUCCUGAAAUUCCCCGUGUGUGUGUGUGUGUGCGCGUGCGUGCGUGCAUUGCCAGAUUUCCUCCAAAAAGCAAAAAACAGUCAUCUGCAUUGUUUAAUAUUUUAUUUUGUUUGCUACAGUGUCCAGCAUCUUCUUUGUACCUUUUUGUCCACACAUUGUCUUUUUUUCCAUUAAACCGGUCUGAUUUAUUCAUCAA